AUGUCACAGCCAUGGGAUUAUAUUGCUAAACUUGUUUGCAUCGGGGACUCGGGAACUGGGAAGUCUAGUUUGACGAUCCGACUCUGCGAAGGGCGCUUUUCGUCCUCCCAUGAUGUUACAAUCGGCGUCGAAUUCGGUUCACGGAUCGUUCCGGUGGGCCCGCCGGCUUCAAAGGCCUUGGGAGGCGAGUUCGACGAUUCUAUCCGCAAUCGUGCCCCUUCACUCACAUCUUCGCCCUCAUUGCCCGCUACGACUACAGCCAGCGAAUCAGUCGCUUCUGGACUGCCCAGUCCUCCACGUAGGGUACAGGAGCUCCAGAAAAGAAUGAAGUUGUCGCUAUGGGACACCGCUGGCCAAGAAACGUACAAAUCUAUUACCCGCUCUUAUUUCCGUGGUGCUUCGGGUGCCCUACUGGUCUUCGAUAUCACUAGACCUUCUACAUUUGUAUCGUGCACACAGUGGCUCCAUGAUCUGCGGCAAAUUGCGGAAGAUGGCAUUGUAAUUGUUCUGGUCGGCAACAAGAGCGAUCUUGCCGCUGAUGAGUCGAGAUCGCAUCAGACAGUCACUAGGCAAGAAGCGGAGGAGUGGUGCCGUUUGAAUAACAUCACACGGUAUGUUGAGACAAGCGCGAAAUCCGGAGAGAACGUGGAGCGUGCAUUUCUUGAGGUAGCCGAGAUGAUAUACCGCAACAUCGAAGCUGGCAAAUAUGACCUCUACGACCGUCGAAGUGGUGUGAAGGGCUAUGGUGCUACUGGUGGAUCAAACUCAGGUAUCCCAAAUACUGUCACUUUAGGCGUGGAUGAUGCCAUGCGCAAGGGUGGAAGUGGCCUGGCAGGAGGCUGUUGUUGA